AUGCCCGAGGGUGAUGCGAAGGAGACCGACUCGUCACGGCUGAGUGGCGACGGGACGCCGCAGAAGAACGACAAUGCUCAAGAUGGUUCCUCACACGCCAAAUUGGAAAGCGAUAUGGACCAGUCCCAGGAGCUGACACCUCCUCCGCUACCUCCGCGACCUCCUUUAUCCCAGGCUGGAUCUCUCCGUCUGUCAAAAAGAUCUUCUCGACCGCAAUUGCUCUCGAACCCUACGACUGCAUUGUCUUUGGCGGAUGUGCAUACGCAGUCUCACGCAGAAAGCGCAAGCACUGUGUCUUCACCUCCAAGUAGAGCUGUGUCUAGGAAGCACAGUCUUGCGCAUUUCGGCCGUUUUGUGAGCAAUAAUACGAGCAGCGAAGGCGAUGACUCCGCUAGCAUAAAGAGCUAUAUUCCUUCCCUGGACGCACGUUUCGAGAAUGAAAGUAUACUGGGCAACUUUGGCCGGGAUCUCACUGCUCUCCCCGGUGAGGUACCUCAUGAGCGGGAUGACGAUGAUGAAACAUUCCAGACUUUAAACUCGGAAGAUGAGGAGCUCGCCAGUCAGGUUGAGCAUGAAUUCGAAGAGGUCGGCUCUCUGAACGCGCAAGGCAGCAAUGAGGAGGAACUGCUCGUCAACUGGAAAGCAAAGCUGAAGCACUUCUUCAUUCUGUCUGCCUCAGGAAAGCCAAUCUACAGCCGACAUGGAGAUGAUCAGCUCAUAAGCCACUACGUUGGCGUUGUGCAGACAGUGAUAUCGUCUUACCAGAGCUGCGACGACCCAUUGAAAGGCUUCACGGCUGGUGGCGCACGCUUCGUCAUACUAUCCAAGGGACCUCUGAAUCUGGUUGCCAUCAGCCGCUUGCCAGAGAGUGAUGCUCAACUGCGGAGCCAACUUGAGGCGCUCUACAUGCAAAUCCUCUCAACUCUAACGUUACCAAGCAUGGAAAAGAUGUUCUCUCAUCGACCUUCCACAGAUUUGCGCCGGCCGUUGCAAGGGACCGACGUUCUGCUCGAUGGAUUGGCAGAUGGCUUUACCCGCGGAUCUCCUUCCACUCUUCUCUCUGCACUGGAGUGCUUGCGCCUCAAGAAGACUCAUCGGAAGGCAAUCAAUGACACGCUACUUGAUGUCCGAUCGCAGAAUCUUCUUUACGGUUUGAUUGUUGCCGCAGGUCGCUUGGUCAGUGUCGUCCGUCCAAAAAAGCAUUCCCUACAUCCGGGAGACCUGCAUCUCAUCUUCAACAUGCUGUUCGAGGCGGGUAGCGUGAGAGCAGGUGGUGGUGAGAACUGGAUACCGCUAUGCUUACCAGGCUUUAACAACACCGGGUUUCUGUACAUGUAUGUCAGUUUCUUUGCAGCUUCAGAGAGUGCUGCCGAGUCAGCAGACGAGAGACCACCUUCUCGGAGUGAAGACGACGAACUCGCUAUCGUGCUUAUAAGCGCCAACAGGGAAGCCUUCUACGAAUUACGGAAGAUGCGAGACGACCUUGUAUCCCAAUUGGCAACUAAUGGAAGUAUGGCAACCAUCAAGACGGCGAUCAGGAAAGGACAUGCCUCUUGCGCCGAGAUUGUCCCAAACACGGCCAUCCGACAUUUCCUUUACAAAUCACGAGGCAACGUUCAGUUUGUCAUGCCAUCCUUCAAACCUGAGUUCUCCGAUGCGGUCGACAGGCGAAAGCUACUCAAUCUAUAUCACCAGAUGCAUGACAGCAUCCAUUCGAGAACAGCACAUCUCAAAGUCCAACACAGUAUUGGGAGCGAUGCGACUGCAUUGGCCUGGGAGACGCCUUUGUUCGAAUUGUACUGCGUUGCUGGUCCAAAUGCAACACGGGAGAAGCUUGUUAAGGGCGCGAAUAAGGUCAUACAGUGGAUCCGCAGGGAGGAGGAGCGCGUGUUUAUCAUCGGCGGAGCAGUGUUCUAG